GACUUUUUAACACUUUGGCACGAACUCGUGUUUUUGAGUUAGUUUUAGUUUAUUGUUCGGUGUUAAACCAAGGUUUUGUGUCGUAACAGAUUAUCCGAGAACGGGCUGUGAUCAGUGUUUGUAGGCUUAACCAAUUAUUAUUACUUAGAUAAUGUUACAGUUACAUACGUAAGGUGGAUAUCUUACAUAAUUUAUACAAAUCAUUUUAUAUGUUUCAUGCUAUCUGAGAUUGUAUCAUUCAGGAUAUUUUGCUUUGUUGUAAUAGCUAGUCCAACAAUAAGCAACUUGGCUUUCAAAGCUUCGACUUUCUGUGAUGGCCUGAUCGAUAAAUGACUAAAUACCAUCUAGUUACACCAGUGCUGCUAGUUUAGCUAGGAACGGGAUAAUUAGUUGCAGUUAUCGAUUUUCAGGCAUGUCAAACAUACCCUGAGGAGUUAAAGACAAUGACAAGCGUAAGACUGUUCAGGCACUCGAAUAUUUUUGCUGUGCCUAGAUGCAUUUUGCUAGUUCAAUAAGAUUACUUUGCACGUUGAUAUUACUAAGUACACUUCACAAUUAUGACGUAGGCUAUGUAGGAUAGCGCGAAAGAAUGAUGUUUCAGCGAAGUGAAUUUUUUAGACAUGCACAGUUUUUAUUGUCCUCACUAAAAUGUCUAUCUUUUUUAAUAAUUUAGUGGCUUUUCUCAAGUAUCUUAUUCAAUAUCUUACGAAUAUGUAGGUUGCCUAUCCCUUAGUUAUCACUUAUAUUGUUUCACUGAGUCUAGCUUAUAAAACAUCAAUACUUUCAUCUUAUCUACCAUCCUGCUUGACAGAUGUAUUUUUAUGAGUGUUUUAUUCCAGAGAGUUGACAAGAUGUUAUGAGUCUUCUGUAGUCCUGAACGAGUUGAUACAAUUUCAAAGAGGGAUAUGAGGUUGUUUGUGUAUUAUCUAUCUGACAGGAUUCAUUGAGUAUCUUCAGACGUUUCGUAUUCGCUUGUGACAAACACAUAAAAAUAUAUGGUCCCACUUUUGAUUUUAACAUUGGGAUCGUUUGUGCAACUACUUUUUGACAGUUUAAGUAAACUUCAACGUUUAUUUAGGUUUAGUAUCAGCUUUUAUAUUCUUCAGUCGUAAAAUCAGGCUAACGUGUCUGCGGCGAUAUGACUCAAUCUUAUGUUGUGAUGACCCCAUUUACUUUGGGAAACAUGAAAAUUAUUCGCUUCGAACGUACACACAACUUGGAUGAAAGUAUGGUUCAUCACAUCGCUGGUGGACAACAUUCUGGUAUUAUAAUAAAUAAAGAAUGCAAGUUAAAAAUGGAACCUAUGGAUGUACCAGAAAUGCAAUUGCAAUUUACGUGCAUUAUGUUCAACAAUAGAACUUCUGAAACUCAUGCGGUAAGUAUUUCUGGUUAUGCUUUCUAACUUAUUGUUACUGUCUUAUUCAUUAAGAUUUAGAGAAAUAACUAGUAUGUUGUCCCAUACGUGACAUAUGUGAUUCACAAGCUUUUUUGCGGACAUGUGCUCUAUUUCGUUUGGUGACUUUAACCUUCCAUCGUUUAUAUGUAUCAUUACCAAAGUUUGACUUGAUAAUUUCGAACAAACUGAGCAUUGAGUAGAUUGUUAUAAAUAAUAAUAUAUUUGUAAUAUUCAUCGUUAGUGUUAAGAAUUUCCUAGUUUGAAUACUGAGACCAUAUUAGAUGUUUACCUGCUAGAUUUUGGUUCAAAAACCGCUCUAAUAACAAAUGUACGUUCCGGCUUCACUUGUGUCCGUAAGUUUGUAGAAUCUUGGUUCCCUAACUAUAUACCUUUUUACGGCAUAAUUUCACAUCAUCAGACAGUUACUAAAGAGCAGUGAAAAUAAUGGAUUCAACACUAUGUUUAAUAUCAUCGUGAUUGUAGUUCCUCAGUAGUCAACUUCCUUUUUCGGAUAUUUAUCGUCACAUAAAUAUAGCUUGGUCUGUGACUAGAUUAUUAGCUAUACACGAAAUAUGAAUCCUAGUCCAAGAAAUAAAAUUUGUUACUAAAUUGCGUGUACUGACUUUUUAUUUGCUCAGCCAUAAAGCCGUAUUCUCAUUUUAAAACUGUGUGGUUGUAUUUUGUCUAUUCUAAAAACGUCAAUCACUCAGUCUCUAGUUGCAUUGUAGCAUUUCUGUAUCAAGUUAAAUAUAACCAUUUUUAAAAGGGCGUUCAUGCCGAUUGUAUAACUUCAAGUAUUAUACAACUAACAAAACAUGUUUAAGAAUGGAUAGAGAUAUCAAAGGACUAUUAAGUUUAUACAUUCAACAUUUCGUAAUGUGAAUAAAUAAUUCAUAGAGAUGGUUUUGUAUUCAUGGAGUCGACAUACAUUCCAAUUUAAAAUGACGGAAUAAGCGAUGACUAGGCAGUCUUGUAUUAGUUGCAUUCCUAUCUUAUUAGAUGUUUUUUUCACUGAACGCUUACAUAAAUGAGUUCACGUAAAUGGAGCCUUCAUUUUGCACUUAGAGCAUUAUUUGUUUACAUUAUUAGUUUCUUGUUCAUUACGAUCGAAAACGGGAAGUAGUUGUUUUUUAUCAACUAGCUAUGUUUUAGUGAACUUCACUGAUUAAAACAUGUUAUUUUUACAAAUCCAAAGGGUACUUAUUUUUGUGCACUAUCUAAAUCAUCCAGUCAAUUAUGAAUAACUUAAGAACGAACUAACGUUUAUUGGCUGAGUUUGUCACACUUCAAACCACUAUGGUUAAACAAAAAGAUGAAAACAAUAUCAGUGACAAGUAGAUGCGUAUGCUAUUAAUUGAAAACCGUUGUUUAAAAUUCUGGUUCAGCAAAAGUGCUCAACAAUUUGAUCGUUUGGAUGAGUCAUACGACUUUUUUAGGGAACUUAUUGACCCUGAUGCAUUCCCAAGGGACUAUGUUGGUUUUCUUAAAAAGGUUCUAAAGCUGAUGCAUGGAAGUCGUUAUCUACGUCUUCGUCGUGUAGAUUUGGACAUUAUACCUUUAGACGAACUGGAACAAGAGUCCUUCGUCCCUGAGAGAGACAAUAAACCAACUGAACAAGUUAUACGUGAAUCGUUGCAGAUGAGAUUAGAAGAAGCUUAUCCUAAUGUUUUAUCCAUGGACGACCUUAUUCGUAUUUUAGAAUGUGAUAAUCGUGCUUUAUUACAAGUUCAAUUGAAUGAAUUAGUCGACCGAGAUCUGAUACAAUUGGUACCACUGGAAGGCAAGCAUGUUGGUCAAUUCGGUUUCCGAAGAAAAAUUCAUCUACAAAAUCAUGUUGUCAGAGAGAUGAAAGGAGCAAAUCAUAUGCAACAAGUAUCCACAUCUGAGAAGCCUACAAUUGCAAUUAUCACUAAUUUGCUUUGUGAAAAAUUAGCUGUAGAUGCAAUGAUGGAACAGAAGACAACAUUUGUUCGUUAUAAAUCUGAGGGGGAAUCACAUGUUUACACUAUCGGGAACAUAGGACCACAUAAAGUCAUUUCUACAAAACUACCUAUGGUUGGACGUGAACUUCAAGCGAAAAUUUCCUCUGGGAGUAUUACAACUCGGCUGCUUGGAGCAUUCCAAGCGGUGCAACAUGUGUUUCUAGUAGGAGUUGGAGGUAGUGUACCUCACGUGUAUGAAUUUGAAAAACAUUCUCGCCUGGGUGAUAUUGUAGUGAGUGCUGUGGCACGUUCAAGUGGAUUGCAUUCUUCAGCUAUACACAACCAUACAAAUCAUUCUGUAUCGAAUGAUGUAGGAGACUCUAUCUACAUUUACUGUGAUCGAUUGAUUGAACCUCCGGAAGAUGCAGUUGAUAUGAAAACGCCAAGAUUUGUCUUAAGAAAGUACGCUGCUCGAGAUCCAACUUUAUUGAGCUGUGUAGAGAAAGUCCUUGAUCGCUUCGAAGCAGCUCCGGAAAAGUGUGAAUGGGAUCAGAUUUUAAAGUCUGCUUUGACCGUACUAGGCGGAGAGGAUGAUCCCAUUGAUUUUGCUCGACCAUCGCCUGAUACAGACAAACUAAAACUUAAAAUCAACGAAGGUGUAACAUUCGAUAUCAAGCAUCCGGAUGUGCCUGAAGAACUGGCGCGUUUCUACCCGCCUGGCGUACCAGCCGUACGCCUUGGUUGUAUGGGAUCUGGCAGACCAGUUACAGAUAAUGACGCAUUGAUGAGUGACUUUGCUAAAGAACACCACCUACUAUGUUAUGAUGCUGAAUACGAUCAAGUUUUGGAGUCCGUUAUGGGAAACGGUCUUGACUCGUUUAUACUUAUUCGUGGAAUAGCUGACUAUAUGGAAGGGAGACAAGGUACACAGUGGCAACCUUAUGCAGCACUUGCAGCGGCAUCUUUUAUGAAGUCUAUAAUUCUACAACUGCCGCUGAUUCCAAUCAACGGAGACUGAUGCAAAGGCUUACCAUAUCCUAGGAAGUUCUUAUAUGCUUGACAUAAAAACUACGUUAAUUCACCAUACAUCACCUCUUGUACAGUUCGAUAUCUCCCACAGAUAUCAGUAUGAUUGCAACAUAAUUAACUUUCCAUUCAACUUUAUUUUUCUUCAUCCCACAUGUAAACAACUGAAAUAAAUUGCCAUGUACUGUAUGAUAUAAAUAUAUUUAGUAUCACU